AUGGCUAUAAUAUCUCGGUAUCUUGAACGAGCAUUACUGGCCACCCUUAGCUAUGGCAAGGUGCCAAAGCACAUCGCGAUGAUCAUGGAUGGCAAUCGAAGAUAUGCCCGCACACAUAACAUGCCAAUAAGAGAAGGUUAUCUCGAAGGGUUUGCAAAUGCAGCAAAUAUAAUCGAAGACUUAUAUCAGCUGGGAGUCUCAACAGUGUCUUUUUUCAUGUUCGGGGUGGAUAACUUCAAGCGUGAUCCCAACGAAAUUGAGGACAUCAUGAAGAUCAUUAAUGAUGAAGUUGGCAAGUGGGUUGCGCCUGGAGGGCUAGCGCAUCGUUUGGAGGUGUGUUUGAGCCAUUGCGGUGAGCGAGAUAUGCUGAAACCGGAUCUGCUGGACGUUCUGGAUUAUGCGAUGGAUAUCACCAGAAACUAUAGACGGGUCAAAGUAAAUCUAUUCAUAGCAUACAGCGGGCGACGAGAAAUUGUCCGAGGGGUUAUAUCAACAGCCCGCAGUCAGCCUGUACCAUUCAGAUACUCAUUUAUCGACGAAAGUACGGGUAUCGUGCACGACGAGAAGUCAGUCUUGAAACCUACGAUGGUGCUUUUAAAGCCAAGCAUAAACGAGUUCAAGGCCGACAUCAUGUCUCCCGGGAUAAACGACCUCUCUCUCGAAGCGACUCGAAGGAUUCUUACACACAACCUUUGGACUAAAGACGACCCUUCGCCAGAUAUUAUUAUUAGAACCUCGGGGGAAACUCGCCUGAGCGACUACAUGCUAUGGCAAGUUUGCGAGAAUGCCCAACUUAAUUUCAUAAAAUGCUUCUGGCCAGAAAUUCGCGCCUGGCAUUUAGCACGUAUCGUGCUGGGCUGGCGAAUGGGGAGGACCUUCUGA